GCUCUCUGUCAUUCGCAGCAUCACAGUCGAAUUUUAACGGUCAGUGCGUAAGCAUCGGUGGUUCCGAGUCUCCACGAGUAGAAAAACAGCCCGUGCUAGCUGUAAAGCCACAAGCGAAAGCGAGACGCCCGUACCAGAGUGCCGGAAGACUAGUUUCAGCAGCAGCAGUCAGAGUGGGACAGCAAUAGAGACAGGAACGCACAUAAUUCCGCGUGCAGCCAACGGACUCCUUGACAGCGGACUCCUUGUCAGUUUGCAAGCGCCAGUGAACCCGAUCACACAUCGUGAGGAAGCCGUCGACAGUAGCGCAGACCGGUCGGAAGUCAAAGAAAAGUCCAAAGUGGUUCUGUCCCAAAAAAAAGAAAACCAACCCAAUACCGCUACCCCGCAAACCAAAAGCAAAGCUAAAAUGAGUUCUGCAGACAAAAACAGUGAAGUUGAGGUGGAGAACGUUGCCGCUGCGGAGGAAAAGGCAGAAACCAAGGAGGUGAAAGGAGUCAAGCGGCCCGCCGACGAGAAAACCGCCGAAACGAAAAAAGUAAAGAAGGACGAAAACGGUGCCGGCGAGGAAGAGGAAGAAGUGGAAGAUGAAGGAGAGGAGUUGGAGGGAGAGGAUGAAGAAUACGACCUUCCAUACGGUGAUGAGGAAGACAUUGAAGCGGAAGAUGAGGAAGAGGAGGAGGGUGAUGAUGUCGAGGGGGAGGAAGAUGAUGAGGACGCGUAAUGAAUGAAAGUGCAUAUGUGAGAGUGAGACUAACAAAAAACAAAAAAAAAAAACAAAAUAACUCUAGUAAUAGGUGAUUUAUUAUUUUGAAUUUGCGUUAGUGGAGCUGCAAGGAAGAAGUAUAUGCAUCGAUGAAAACGAU